AUUUGACGUCGCGCCCGGUAGAUCAAGCGGAUGCGAGAGCGGUUGUACUAGCAUGUACAAGUGUUGUUUGUGACGUGUAAGUGUAGUAGAAGAGGUGUGCGCGUGUCAGAAAAUGGGGAAAAAAAAUAAAUAAAACAGAUUUUCAAAAGGCAAAAUUUUUUCAGUUGUCGGCAAGACCUCAAGCGAAACGAUGCAUUUACACCUACGAAACUGGUGAAUGUAGUUAAAAGAUAUUAAAAAAAAUUAAAAUUAAUUAAAGUGCUAAAGCAGUGUAAAAAGUUACAUGUUGAAGCUAUGAAAAAUUGCGUGCAACAAAAAACGUUACAAUGGCCGCCACAUCGCUGAUUAAAAAAUCACAUAAGAAAUAUAAAGAACAAAAAACAUUGCCAAAUCAUAAAACACAAAAUAAUUGGCUAUGGCGAAACUGCAGAGGCAAUCACCAACGGAUUGGCACAACAAUAAAUUGCUGGUUGGUGAUGGCAUUGCUCGCACUGUCCGCAUCUUACAGCGGCGCUGAUUACUACAACAAUGGCGGGGAUUGGCGACCACCACUACUACAACCACCACUACAGCCACUCCCACCGCCCUUGGGUACAUUGCAGAACGUCACUUGUAUAGCGCAUGACACCAAAUUCACUUGUGAUUGUCAGCAUAUGAAUCAGCGCCUACAGCUGCCCCACCUGAUCGGCUAUGUGUUCCAAGUAGAGAUAAGUAAUUGCAAGUUUUUGACCAUCGAAGCCAAUGCACUGGAAGAUACGCAAGGCUUGCGUAAAAUUAAUUUUAAGAAUAUCGAAAAUUUAAUAUUAAACAAAUAUGCGCUGGCCUUUCCACGCUACGCCAGCAAUACACCGCUUAUUAUCGAAUUCGAUAGGGUGAAUUUCGAGUUAAUUGAUUCACAUGCAAUCAAUGGUAACAUAGAAGAGAUCUCAUUUAUUGGUGGACGCAUCGAUGUGAUACAUCCAUUUGGUUUCACGACACUCAAAGAUCGCGCUAUUCUACUGAAAAUGGAUAAUGUGCUGGUUAAGCGAAUAGAACCACAGGCCUUCAAAAAGUUCGCAGUCGAACAAUUGGAAAUCCGAAGCUGUAUGUUCCAGACAAAUGUGCCAUCGAAAGCCUUUUACGAACUUGAGGUGCUCAACUCUUUGCGCAUACACAACAACCAAUUUCAAGAGGUGCAUUCGCAUGCAUUUUCAUUUAAAAUAAUCAAUAAACUCAGCAUUACGGGCAACUAUUUUGCUUCCAUCGAUGCUGAGUGGAUUGAAGCAUAUGUGCGGGAAAGCGUCAUCAUACGGGAUAACUAUUUCGGUCUGACUAGUCCGAUUGCUUUCAAAGGCAUCCAUAUUCACCGCGACUACAUGCACAGCGAACUACUCGAGCUGCAGUUCAACAACAAUACUGUACAGUUGCCAUCUGAAACGCGUCCGCUCGAAUUCAACGAUCGCUUUGCGCUCAAUCUCAAGCAAUUACGCUAUGAGAAUACAUACGGCUGUAACGAUUUGGAUACAGCCCAAAAACCACCAAUACCCAAGGAAACAUUCUUUCGCAAUAAUGUUGACAAUAUUUAUGUGCUAACAGUGGCGGCCAAAAAGCUGACAUUAACACCAGCCAAUGGACAAAUGAAUGCAGCAAGCAAUUCCAACGAUUUUGUCCUACUCAACAAAUACAUCGAAACAAAUUGUCAGCCACGUUCCUAUUUGCUAUACAUACUUUUAGGCGUGCUAGCGUUGGUGCUAGUGCUACUUUUAGUUGGUGUAAUUGUGUGGCUGCAAUUGGCCAAACGACGAAAGAAACGCAAAUUGGAUGUCGUUAUGCCAGAGCCGCGCACCUACAAGGAGACGCAAAUCAUCUAUCAGAUCGAAAAUGCGGGACUCCUAAAGACUGACUUGUGAGUGCUAGCCGUAGCAAAGGCUAAGUUGAGGUGUAUGUGGAACGUUUAGAGAUGCUAUGCAAAAUAAUUGCCAUGCCAAAAAAUUUAGAAGUUUACUACAUAUAAUUUAAGCAGAACGUUAUAAAUACACAUGUGCGUAUUGUAUAUGUAUGUACGAGAAGGCAUGAAGUAGGAGGUGAAAAUUAUAGGAAAUCCAAAUACGCUGUUUUACCAAAUUGUAGAGUUAAUUUGUAUAAAAUACGGUAUUUAUGUAGACAUUUUAUAUUUUUGUAUGUUAUGUACAUACAUACAUAUAUACGAAUAAAUUAUAUGCUUAGCUUAGAUUAGGUUAGGUCAGACAGAGGACAGAGGUUAAAUUUAAAGUUAUAGAGAACCAUAUUAUUAUUGUGCGAUAGUGUUCGCGCAGCAGAUAAUUUGUUGAAUUAGUACGAAAGUUUGCCAUUUAGGGACCGUGUUGCAAUGUUUUGCAUUUUUCGUUCAUCUAAAAUUCAAUUAUCCCUCUCUUUUAAUUGCAGUUCUUCGUAAUUUCAUUGCUGAAGUGUUCUUGUUAAAUGUUUACUUGCUGUUUUCA